ACAAUACUCCAAACUCAAAAACCCCUAAUUUCACUUCUGACUCAGCAAGAAUUACUCAACUUCAAGCUACAUUAGAUCAAAUGAGAGGAUAUUCUUCAAAUCAAAGCAAUCAACCCACCCAUACUGAAUCCAAUGAAGAUAAAGGUAAAAAACUAGUUUAUCACGAUUAUAAUACAGACACAGUUCCAUCUACUCCAUCUACAAGCAACACUUCCGGUUAUGACCAAGAAGAUUCAAACGAAAAUCAAAAUUAUUCUGAAUCACCAACUUCUGAAUAA